GACAAAUUAAAUUUCUGGCAGAGGCUUAAUCGUACGUAUGAAGAAAAAGAUAGUGAUAAAUGUGCCGAUGCAUAGUGAGAAGGCUAAGUCAAAGGCGAUGAAGAUUGCUGUGGCUGUUGAAGGAGUGAUGGGAGUGAGUAUAGGAGGAAAUGAUAAGCUAGAGGUGGUGGGAGAAGAGGUAGAUUCAGUGUGUUUGGCCAACUGUCUCAGGAAGAAAUUUUGUUUUGCAGAAAUCAUAAGCGUCGGAGAAGCCAAGCCACAACCUCCCAAACCACCAGUGCCGCCGCUGUGUCCUCCACCGCCGUAUUUCCACCCCAUUUAUUGCUACGAUCCUCCUCCCUCCAAUUGCUCCAUUAUGUGA